GGAAAAAGGGAGAGGGUGAACAUGCUCAGCCAUCUCCUGAAAGCCAUAUAUAACAGGAAGAGUUCAGGCAUCAGGAUUCCCGUCUAAGGGGCCAGCCUCAUCCUCUCUCUAGCCCUUCCCUCGUGCUCGACUCGGAGAAAGCAGGACUCACAACCUCAGAAUUCUCAGAGUCAAAGAUUUCUCUUUUUAAAAUUCCUUCUCUGACGCGUUCUUGCCUCCUGUGAGUUGCUACCCAACCAACGGCAACAAUGAAGCUCUUCAAGUUCCUUGCAACGAUGGUCUUCUUCUCCACGUUCUGCAGCUUCUCGGAGCAAAAUCAGGUGGAUGUGCUGUGCUCGACCGAUUGGUUCAUGGUCACAGUCCACCCCUUCUUGCUGAAUAAUGAUGUGUUCGUCCACUUUUAUGAGGUGCAUUUGGGCCUGGGAUGUCCUCCCAACCAAGUUCACCCCCACUUCUACGAGUUUACCUACCGCGUGACGGAAUGUGGCAUCCGCGUCAAGGCCGUUUCUCCAGAUGUGGUUAUCUACAGCUCGGAGAUUCACUAUGCUUCCAAGACCUCAUCAUCUAGAUAUGUGAUCCCUGUGUCGUGUGCUGCCCCUCGACGAUCCCCGUGGCUCACCAAGCCCUACUCCACGAAAGCUGGAAACAAUAACAACGCCGCGACCCCGAAGAAUGAGACGUCCUACCACGUGUUCAGCUUGCCAGAGCCGAGCCCGCAAGUUAACUGCAGCUGUCCACCUUCUGUCUUCCAGCAGAAGAGCAUGUAAGGCCCACGUCAGGGACAGAGUCUUCGGAGGCCCAUCUUGUGUAGUCGUCUAACACCACUGACUACUUCUGGGACUCGCGUGUUCACUCAAAUGGCAUGAGAAAACCCAUGUAGUGCCCAGAUUUGGAGGUUUCUGAAAGACCUGUUCCUAGAAUUAGGAUAUAGCAUUUUCUACUGCCAGUCAGAUAAAUGCCAUUAUGGCUUUUUAAGAAGAAUUUGGUGAAGGGCCGAUUGAUAUAUAGCUGAUUAUGCCUUCCUUUUUUAUUUUUACUAUUUUUGUAUCUUUUAAAAAAAUAAUAAAAUUCUGAUGGCACAAAAGUA